CGUCGUGCGCCUGCGCCACAGUGGGGGUUGCCGUCGCGCCUAGGCUUUUCCCUCAGGUUUUCCGCUUUUCUCCCCCACUGCGGCUCCCCCGUCGGCGCUUGCGCAGAGAACUCAGUGCUGAGGUGGCCGAGGUGUCAGGAGGGGCCUGGGUGGGCGUAUGAAGGACCCGAGAUUGUCUAAAGCCCCAGGAAAAAUGGUGGAAAAUUCACCGUCGCCAUUGCCAGAAAGAGCGAUUUAUGGCUUUGUUCUUUUCUUAAGCUCCCAAUUUGGCUUCAUACUUUACCUCGUGUGGGCCUUUAUUCCUGAAUCUUGGCUAAACUCUUUAGGUUUAACCUAUUGGCCUCAAAAAUAUUGGGCAGUUGCGUUACCUGUCUACCUCCUUAUUGCUAUAGUAAUUGGCUACGUGCUCUUGUUUGGGAUUAACAUGAUGAGUACCUCUCCACUCGACUCCAUUCAUACAAUCACAGAUAACUAUGCUAGAAAUCAACAGCAGAAGAAAUACCAAGAGGAGGCCAUUCCAGCAUUAAGAGAUAUUUCUAUUAGUGAAGUAAACCAAAUGUUCUUUCUUGCAGCCAAAGAACUUUACACCGAAAACUGAAUUGUAUGUAACCAUACUAACACCAAGCACGUAUUUAUUUAUGUUUUUGCCGUUAUAAUUUUGAUCAUAAAUUAAUUUGACCAUCUGUCUUAUUAAUAGAGGAGAAGUAAAAAAUGUAAGUUGACCUUCUCUUAGAUUAUGUUCAAUGAAUAUUGUAAAUGUUCUCAAGUAUUAGUUGUUAAUGAACAGAAUAAAUACAAUAUUGCAUUACCAUAUAGCAGACUUAAAAAAAAAAUCAGUGUCAGUAUAAUCAAGAAGUUCCUCCAGAGAGGCAUUUAUAUUGUAAUUUGCAAAGGGCAAUGAUGUCCUUCCUCCUGUUUGUCCUGAGGGGCCCAGAAUUCAAACCCUUAGUUUUAGGGAAGGGUAUAGUUAGUACUUGUGCCAUCAGAUUCAUGUCUAAGAUGCAAAUAUUUGUUGAGUACUCACUGUGUUACCAGGUAUUUUUCUAGGCACUGAGGAUGAAGUAAUGGUAAGAUUCUCUCAAAGAGCUUAUAUUUUUAGAAGCAGGGUGAAGCAACUAAGCAAAUAAACAAGGAAACGUAAUUUGAUGAGUGCUAUGCAAAGAAUUAAGAUAAUGUAUUCUAGAAUGCAAACGGAUGACUGGUUCACACUGGGUGGUCAAGGAAGGCCUCUCAGAGAGAGGCUGUUGGGAUCUAAGCAUAAAGCAGGUGAGGCAAAAACCAUAAGGUGGGAAGGAACUUGGUGUGUCGUAAGAACAGAGAGAAGACUGGCAUUGGGCAUAGAGCAUUCCAAACGAGAGAGAAUGUGGUCCCAGGUGAGCCUGGAGAGACCGGGCCCAGAUUGUGAAGGGCUUUGUAGGCUGGUGUAGGAAGUGUGGAUUUAAGUGUAAGUGUGAUGAGUUUGAGGCACUUUAGGAUCAAGCUGUUGGGAGUCUUGAAGGAAAGGAGUGACAUGGCCUGAUUUCUGUUUUUUAAAAGUGAUUCUGAUUGGUGAAUGGAGAAUAGAUUCAGAGGAGGAGCUGGGAAGGGGACAAUAACCAUAUCCUUACCCAGUAAGCAUGAGAUGGAUAACAUGAAUCUGCUUUUCCUGUUCCCUAGUUUGUCCCAGUUCCUGUUAUUUUAUGGUGAUAGCAUGUCACCACACUUAAGAGCAGUAUAAGGGGACUGGACGUGGUGGUUCACGCCUGUAAUCCCAGCAUUUUGCGAGGUUGAGGCGGCUGGAUCACCUGAGGUCAGGAGUUGGAGACCAGCCUGGCCAACGUGGCAAAACCCCGUAUCUACUAAAAAUACAAAAAUUAGUCAGGCGUGGUGACAGGCGUCUGUAAUCCCAGCUACUCGGAAGGCUGAGGCAGGAGAAUUGCUUGAGCCUGGGAGGCAGAGAUUGCAGUGAGCCGAGAUCGUGCCACUGCACUCCAGCCUUGGCAACAGAGCGAGACGGUUACCUUGGCAACCGUCUCAAAAAAAAAGAAAAAAAAAAAAAGCAGUGUUAAGGGAACCAGCGAACUCCACCAAGUAUAGAAUGAUAAAUAAAUCAUGGACUGUUUCUACAAUUGAACACUACACAGCCAUGCAAACAAGAAUGCAUUACUUCUCUACCUAAUAAUAUGAAUUAAUAUGGCCAUAACAUUGGGCAAAAAAAGCCAGACACAAAAGAGUAAACUACUGCGUGGUUCCCUUUAUUUGAAGUUCAAAAUCAGGAAAAACUAAUCUAUGGUGGCAAAUAUUAGAAUAAUGGUUACCUUUGGAGAAGAGUAUUAACUAGGAGGAGGCAUGAAGGAGCCUGCUGGUGAAUUGAAAAUGCCCUACAUCUUGAUCUGGGUGGUGGUUAUGGUUACAUGGAGGUAAUACAUGUUUUUAAAAAAUCAUUAAGUUAUUAAGAUUUCUGCUUCUGAUGCAAGUUACACCUCAAUAAAAAGGGAAAAAAAAAACAGUACCUAUGCCUACGUCCAGAAAAUGUUGACUCAUUGGUCUGGAGUAGAGCACAGGCAGGGGUAAUUUUUUAACAUCUUCCAGAUGCUUCCAAUAUGCAGCCAUGGUCGAGAAUGACUCCGUUACAUGAUUGGACUCCCUUACAUGAUUAGACUUAACUGAGUUUUGGUCAAGCAGGGCAGUAGCUGUAAGCUUUGGAAGAGAAAGCCAGCAGUUAUCCGAGCAGUUCCCUCCCAUCUUUGUGAGACUCCUGCUCAUGUCAGCGGUAUUCCCUUGUCUUCCCCUCAGACCGGUGAUGGGCCUGAAAUGGGGUUGAAAUGGGUCAGAAUAGAACCUUCGUGGACUCUAGUGUUCUAUUGCACAUUAAGCCUCAGAUUAACUUUUCGUUCUGGUUUCCAACCACUCUGUCCUUACAGGUCAUGAAAGGAACACCAAUGUUUUGCAAACUAUGGGCAGCAGUGUUUUUGAGGGUCAUGAUCAGUUUAGUGCAGCAAUUCUCUGCCUUUUCUUAAAAUCUUAGGACCCCUUUAUUCUUGUAAAGAAUGAGAGCCCCGAAGACCUUUUGUGUAUGUAGAUAUAUUUAAAAAUUAAAAUAGACAAUUUUUAAAUAUUUGUUUAUAGAUAAUAAAUGCAUUACCUUUUAGUUAUAAAAUUAACUCUUAUCACAUAAUGAGAAACAAAAUUUCUGUUACAGAAACAUUUCACCCAAAUCAUUGUUGUAAUACUAAGCUGAUUCUAAAAGAACAAAUUUAACAUAUUUUGUGAGAAAUAACUGUAUUUUCUAAAAUAAAAAAAUUCAGUGAGACAAGUA